AUCGCUUAUAAAUUAUUGGAUUUUACAAAAUCAUCUCACCGUGAUUGGUUGAUUUCUCAUCAUAACUCGACUGCAUCUUAACGAAGUAUUAUCGAUAACUAUCACUAUCGAAAAGAUCGAUACUUCGAGCUGACGUUUCUCUACCUAAUUGUUUUCGCCGUGCUCGAAGCUGACGUGUGUGUCUCAUACAACACCACCUGGCAUGUGUGCGCAUGUUUAUUCAUAGUUUAUAAUCUUUUCUCUCGCUAACUGGUACUAAAAUUAUUAUGCAAAAUAUGUUAAAACACGGAAGUAUUCUUAUUGUUCUUCUGUGCAUUUUUGAGUUUGGGACCGGUUUGUAUUUUCAUAUCGGCGAGACGGAGCGAAAAUGUUUUAUCGAGGAAAUUCCUGAUGAUACCACCGUUUUGGUCAAUUAUAAAGUAGAACUCUAUGAUCCAAGAAGCGGUGGUUUCAUGCCAAGUACUCACGGUAUUGGCAUGCAUGUUGAGGUAAAAGAUCCUGAUGAAAAACCAGUACUUUCUCGAGUCUACAGCGCAGAAGGUCGAUUUUCUUUCACUUCGCAUACACCAGGAGAACAUAUUAUUUGCCUGUACUCUAAUAGUACCUCAUGGUUCAGUGGUACCCAAUUGAGAGUACAUCUAGACAUUCAAGUAGGAGAACAUGCCAUUGAUUAUGCCAAUGUGGCACAAAGGGAAAAAUUAUCAGAACUUCAGCUUAGAAUACGCCAACUCCUAGAUCAAGUUGGUCAAAUAACCAAAGAACAAAAUUAUCAGAGAUAUCGGGAAGAACGUUUCAGGCAAACAUCAGAAAGUACCAGUCGCCGUGUGUUCUGGUGGUCUCUGACACAAACCGUGGUUGUCCUGAUUAUGGGUGCCUGGCAAAUAAAACAUCUGAAGAGCUUCUUUGAAGCUAAGAAAUUGGUUUAAUUAUGAUUAAUUGUUAAUUAUGUUGUAAAAUAUGAUACUUUCAACGCAAAACACUCAUGUUUACAUGUCUAUAUUUCACUUGUAGUUUGUCAUCAUAAGCAAUUUACGUUACACAUUUAGUGUGGCUCACAUAUUUGUAUGAACAUACUACAUAUAUUUACUAUACUAUAUAAUAAAGUCCUUGUAAUUAUAUAUAUUGUACGCCAUAUGGCA